AUGACGUGCAAUGGCCCAGAUAACUCGGAAGCUUCUGCCGCUCCGGCCGGCGACAGUGAGCAGGAGUGGGGGCAGGAGCACUGCAGGCUAGGCACUUUUGUUGAGUUUCCACUUGACUGUCCUGUUUCAGCAGCAGCACUGGCACGAGCUGGCUUUGUUUAUACUGGAGAAGGUGACAAAGUGAAGUGCUUCAGUUGCCAUACAACUACUGAAGGAUGGGCGCCUGGGGAUUCUGCAGUUGAGAGGCACAAAAAACUUUCCCCAAACUGCAAAUUUAUUACUGAAUCUACUGUUCUGGAAAAUAACACAGAUCCUCUCACCCAGAACUACCAGCAUGGAACUGAAAAUGGUUCCAUCAGUUCAGCCCUCCUGGACACUCUGGAUGACCCAUCUGACCUGGAGGCAGAUUACCUUCUGAGAACUAGGCAGGUUGUGGAUAUGUCAGACAAUUUCUAUCCUAAAAACCCUGCUAUGUGCAGUGAAGAGACAAGAUUACAGUCUUUUCACAGCUGGCCCCUCAACAGCCAGUUGACACCGAAGGAAUUGGCUAAUGCUGGAUUCUAUUAUACAGGUGUUGGUGAUCAGGUGGCGUGUUUUUGUUGUGGUGGAAAACUGAAACAGUGGGAACCCAGUGACAGAGCUUGGUCAGAACACAAGAGGCACUUUCCCACAUGCCUUUUUGUCCUGGGCAGGGAUGUGGGAAAUGUUCCAAGUGAAUCUGUUCAGAGUGGCCCGAACAAUGCACAGCAUCCAAGGAAUCCAUCUAUGGCAAAAUAUGGAAAACGUUUACAAACAUUUUUAACUUGGAUAUAUCCUGUUGACAAGGAGCAACUUGCUGAAGCUGGGUUUUAUAGCGUAGGUAAUGGUGAUCAUGUUGUGUGUUUCCACUGUGGUGGAGCACUGCAAGAAUGGAAGGAGAAUGAAGACCCAUGGGAUCAACAUGCCAAAUGGUUUCCAGGGUGCAGCUUUGUGAGAAGUGAAAAGGGACUAGAAUUUAUAAAUAAUGUUCACUUAAGAGCUGGAUGUAGGGAUUCAACAACAGAAGCUGCUGAAGGGACAAUACUUCCUCAAGAUGAUCUCUUACAGAAUCCUGUGGUACAAAGUGCCAUAGACAUGGGUUUCAGUUUGUCUGAGAUUAGGAACACCAUGGAAAAGAGAUUGCAGAUAUCUGGAGAAAGUCACACAUCUGUUGAGGAUCUGGUAGCAGACUUAAGUGCUCAGAAAGAAAAUACAAGGGAAGAAGAACCAAAUGAAAUCCCAGUUGAGCAAGAUGAGCUUAUUCAAUUGCAAAACCUCUAUCUCAGUACUGAAGAGAAGUUAAGACAGCUGCAGGAAGAAAAGCUUUGUAAAAUCUGUAUGGCUAAGGAGAUAGCAGUCGUCCUCAUUCCCUGUGGCCACCUGAUUGCCUGCAGAGAUUGUGCUGAAGCUUUUCAGGAGUGCCCUCUGUGCCGUACCACUAUUUUGAAAAAACAGGAAAUUUUUAUGUAUUAG